CUCGAACAUGACUACGCCUGUACUUUCAAAAAUGAACAAACAAACCUGGUUGUGAUGCCGACAGUCUCAAGUGAAAGUUCUUGUAAAGUCAACUUUUAGGACACGCCAGACCUGUUUCUUCAACUCCGGAUUUGUCUUUGUAUGAUCAAUCGCCUAUAUAAAUGGCUGAGGAACUAUUAAUAACUGCACCUGGAACGAUCACAACGCAUCUCACCCCCUCGUUGUUGGCGGUCGCUCUCCUAACCUCCUUUGGCAGUUCCAUGCUUUAUGGCUACAAUUUGGCCGUGGUCAACUCUCCAGCAGGGUACAUAAAGGACUUCUACAACCAGACGGUGGUGCGUCGUAAUGGCUCGGGGCUGAAUGGGGACUCCCUGACCCUCAUGUACUCCCUGACCGUCUCCGUCUUCGCCAUCGGGGGGCUCCUCGGCUCGCUCAUGGUGGGCAUCCUCGUCACCAAAUUUGGAAGGAAAGGGACAGUGGUCAACUCCACCAUCCUGAUGAAUGGGAAGAUGAAGCCGAUGGUGAAGUUGGCCAUCCAGUUUGAGGGACCCCCCCACAGGUGUAGGCAGAUCCGGCCGAUGGGACUUGCUAUGAACAGCUCCCGCCGUGAUCAGGAAGGGGACGCCCGGCUACACAACAACCAUAACAACAAACCAAACAACAAUACACAAAAGCAACAUGGGCAGUGCUUCACCAUUGAGAGAUGGGGCAGGCGUCCUCUGAUCAUCGGAGGCUUUGCGGUGAUGGGCAUCUGCUGUGCUGGGAUCACCCUCUCCCUCAUCCUCCAGUCCCAUGUGUCCAUAAUGAGGUAUGUGAGUGUGGGCUGCGUGGUGGGAAUCAUCGCUGGAUUCUGUAUCGGGCCUGCCGGCGUCCCCUUCCUGAUCACGGCGGAGCUGUUCAAGCAGUCCCAUCGGCCGGCUGCCUACACCGUGGGGGGGUCCCUCAACUGGAUGGCCAACUUCACCAUCGGCUUCAUCUUCCCAUUCCUGCAGGCAGCAGCUGGCUCAUACUGCUACCUGGUCUUCAGCGGCGUGUGCCUGGGCGUGGCCGUGUACGUCUUCGCCGUCAUCCCCGAGACCAAGAACAAGACCUUCGUGGAGAUCAGCCAGAUGUUCGCCAGCAAGGAGGGCAUCAUGGAGAGCGACCAGAUGAAGCUGAAGAAGAUGAACGGCUACGGCACGCUGGAGAACGGCUCGCUCGACUUCGACAGCUCCUCGUCCACCCCGUAAUACGAGCCAGGUGGACCUACAGGCCAAGUGUCCACCCCAUAACACCAAGGUGGACCAGGCCAAGUGUCCACCCCCUUACACCAAGAGGAAUCCACCCCAUAGUGAGAGCCAGAUGGAACAGUCCAAGUCCAUCCCAUAGUAAGAGCCAGGUGGACCGGGCCAAGUGUCCACCCCCCGUAACGCCAAGGUGGACCAGGCCAAGUCAACCCUGUAACACCAAGGGGGGGUCAGGCCAAGUCAACCGUGUAACACCAAGGUGGACCAGGCCAAGUCAACCCCGUAACACCAAGGGGGGUCAUGCUAAAUCCACCCCAUAAAAAAGGUGGACCAGACCAAGUCCACCCCAUAACACUAAGAGGAAUCACGCUAAAUCCACCCCAUGAAAAAAGGUGGACCAGGCCAAGUCCACCCCAUAACACCAAGAGGAAUCAGACUAACUCCACCCCAUAACACCAAGAGGAAUCAGACUAACUCCACCCCAUAACACCAAGGGAGACCAAGUUAAGUCCACCCCAUGAAAAAGGUGGACCAGGCCAAGUCCACCCCAUAACACCAAGAGGAAUCAUGCUAACUCCACCCCGUAACACCAAGGGGGACCAAGUUAAAUCCAAUCUGUAAAACCAAGGGGGACUAGGAGGCCAAGUCCACCCCAUAAUAAAAGCCAGGUGGAUUAGAACAAGUUCACCCCAUAACAUCAAGGUUGAUCAUGCUAAGUCCACCCCAUAACACUAAGAGGAAUAAUCAAGUCCACCCCGUAACCCCAAGGUGGACCAGGUUAAAUCCACCCCGUAACACAACAUAACAGCAGGCCAGGCUAGUCCAGACCAGGUCUACUGCUGAUUCCAAUGUUCAGAUUAAAGCUUUAGCAGCAGACCUGGGGAAGUUAACCUGGGACAUAGUGCUAAAUCGACCAAUAAAAGAGCCCUCAGUUCUCUAAACUAAGUGAUGCAAGCAGGCUAUCUGUCUUCAAGUUUGUGGCUCUCUGUUGGUCAACUUAGCCAGGCUUAUCAUUUCACCAUGUUCUUGGACUACCCCUUGGUCCACUCCAAUUUCUGGGUAAGUUAACCUAAAGACAUUGGUGAACCUUUUAAUAGAGAGUCUGUAGGCACCAUCUACUGUAGUUAAGAAAAUAAGAACGCAAGGGGCUUUUACUGUAGUUGUUGAAUUACCACUACCUUCAGGUUAAUUUAACAUGAAUUUCUAAUGAAACACCUUUUUGGAAUUAACGCCCAGGAAGGCAAACGACGUCCACCUAUGGUGGGUCUAUGGUGAUGUAUGUGGUUUUCUACAUUUUUGUUUUAACCUGACUGCGCGAAACUAGCUGUGCACAACUCAACCUCUGAUUUUUGGAAAUCACUGUCAGUCAAAGAAUUACCUCACAUGGUUGGCUUCCAGUGUCUUGCCCCUCCUCACAACAUCGUGUUUACAAACACUGUGCACCCAUGUAUGUGUCCUCUUGAAUCAACUAAAAACUUGUUUACGUCAUCUGUCAGAUGAAUUUUUAGAUGUUCAGUCAGAAGUGCCUGGAAGUAGGUUUGGAUAGAGGAUUUAUGGUCUUCCUACAAUUGUGAAAGUUUAGUUACUGCAGGCACAACACUUUCAAGCACAACAACGUGCAACCAUUUCAGUGUUGCAUUUGAUUUUUAAAGCACUGCUUCACGUCCUUUGUGGAACAAGCACACUCGCAGUGUUGAGCCAAACCAACAUCUGCACAGCACAGAAUACAUGUAAAUGUAUGUAUUAACCCACUUUUUGAUGUGUACAUUUGAAAAUGAACUGUAUAAUUUCUGAUCUUUUAUUCAGUUAAAAAGUCCAGCUGGGGUUUUGCGUUUUCUCUGUUCCUGUG